AUGGACGGGAAUCUAUCACGGUCGAUCCUUGUUAACUUCUUCUGCUGUCAAUCGCCCGCCUCUUCUUCGUUUCCAGAUAAAUCAUUAAUGGACCUGAUCGCUUCAAUGGACGGUGGCCACUUUGAUAUUCCAAUCAUCCACGGAUUUGAGGAAAAUCCUGUACGCGUUUUCUCAGCCGCCGAACUCGAUAAAUCGACUGAAAGCUUCAAUCAAGCUCGCCUUCUAACAGAAGACGCAUUAUGGAAGAUUUACAGAUCUGGCUCUUUGAAGAAGCAUAACCUAGUCCUUAUCAAGAAAUACAACAAAGCGGACAAAGAGUUUCCUCUCAUCAAAUCCCCUGCCGUUCGUGAUACCGCGAUCGCCGCUCAGAUGUGUAAUCACCGCAACGUUCUGAAGCUAAUUGGAGUCUGCAUGGAAUUCGACGCUCCGGCACUGAUCUAUGAACAUCCAGAGAAUACGAGGCUUCUCUCUAAUGUCCUGUUCCGAAACGGUUCAGAUCUCACAUGGAAAAGUAGGCUAGGGUUAGCCUGUAAUAUAGCCAAUGCGAUUCUUCAUCUCCACACAGCAUUUUCCACCAAAAUCGUUCAUAGGAAUCUGAAAUUGGAGAAUAUAUUCAUAGACAAAGACGAAAUUGCUAAACUAUUUGAUUUCUCAUUCGCCAUAUGCAUACCUCAAGGUGAAUCGGAAGUGAAUGACGCCGUUGUUGGGACUCGAGGAUUCAUUGAAAGCGAAUACGCCCGAACUGGUUCGGUUUCUGACAAGGUUGACGUUUAUGAUUUUGGCAUCAUAUUACUCGAAUUCCUGAGUGGGAGAAGGCCAAAUUAUGCAGGUGGAGAAAGUUUAGAUGAUAUGAAAGAAUGUAUAGCGAAGCAUGAGUUAAACCUAAUUGUUGAUAGUAAGGUUCUUGAGAUUGAGCAAGAGAUACAAUUGAUGGAUUUUGCACAACUUAGCUUAAGAUGCAUGAAUGAAAACAGAGAAAUGCGACCUAACAUGCCUCAGGUGGUUGAUGAACUCAUAAGACUUCAAGGACUUUGUCAUGGCCCAUUUGUGGGAGGGCCCAAUCAAGAGGAAUAG